GUGAGCGGGCGUUGUUGCCACAGCGUCUGCCAUUUUGGUUAGAACUACUUUGUCUGGUACUUGGCAUAAAUAGGCUUUUCGGGAUAGAGAGAUAUACUGUUAUACUGCGAAAGAAGGCAACGCUGUUCCAACAAAAUGCUGUCUGCAGCCCAGUUACUCGAUGAGUUAAUGGGCCGAGACAGAAACUUGGCCCCUGAUGAGAAACGGUCCAACGUACGAUGGGACAACGAGAGCGUCUGUCGAUACUAUCUGUGUGGCUUCUGUCCAGCUGAGCUAUUCACAAACACACGCUCUGACUUGGGUCCUUGUGAGAAAAUCCAUGAUGAAAAUCUAAGGAAAUUGUAUGAGAAAAGCUCUCGGUUUAUGAAAGAAGGCUACGAGCGAGACUUCCUGCGGUAUCUACAGUCUCUCCUGGCAGAAGUGGAGCGGCGGAUUCGUAGAGGGCAUGCUCGGCUUGCACUUUCCCAAGCUCAACAAAAUGCCGGGGGCCCUGGUCCAUCUGGUAAGAAUGAAGAGAAAGUAAAAGUUCUAACCGAGAAGAUAGAAGACCUGGUAGUACAGAUUGAGGAACUGGGGUCAGAGGGACGUGUUGAGGAAGCUCAGGGAAUGAUGAAGCUUGUGGAGCAGCUGAAGGAGGAGAGGGAGAUGCUCAGCUCCACCCCCUCGACUAUUGAGAGCUUUGCAGCUCAGGAGAAACAGAUGGAGGUGUGUGAGGUGUGUGGGGCCUUCCUCAUUGUGGGUGAUGCACAAUCCCGAGUGGAUGACCACUUAAUGGGCAAACAGCAUAUGGGCUACGCCAAGAUCAAAUCUACUGUAGAGGAGCUCAAGGAAAAACUCCGUCGUCGCUCUGAGGAACCUUCAGAUGAAAGCCCUGCUCUCAAACGGGACAGAGAAGAGCGAGAGCGCGAGAGGGAGGAGAGGGAGAAGAAGCGCAAAGAGGAGGAGGAAAAGGAGAAGGAACGGGAAAAGGAGAAGGAACGCGAGAGAGAGCGGGAGCGUGAGAGGGAGCGAGACCGAGAACGGGAGCGCGAUAGGGAGCGGGACCGGGACCGUGAGAGAAGAGCAAAGCGGAGCCACUCCAACAGUCGCCACUCCAGCCGAGCUUCAGACAAGAAACGGAGCAGAUCCCGUGACCAUCGGAGGUCUAGGAGCCGAGACCGGGAUAGGGAACGUAAACGCAGCAGGAGCCACGACAGAGAGAGGAGGCGCAGUCGUGAGCGCACUGACAGAAAACGUCGCUCCCGCAGCCGCGACAGGAGGAGGUCGCGCAGCUCAGAGCGCAAGUCUCACCGCCACCGAAGCCGCAGCAAGGACAGAGAAAAAGACAGGGACCGGGAUAGAGAAAGAAACAGAGACAAAGGAAGGGAGAAAGACAAAGAGCGGUCAUCAAAAGACAAAGACCAUACAGCGACAGAGGAGAAGAGCAGCUCUAAGAAAGAAAGUGAUGCAGCCACCAUUAAAGCUUCGUCGGAGCCGGAACCCAUGCUGACCGAGGCUGCCUCCUCCUCCCCUCUGCUUAACGGCCAGCAAGAGCUCCUCCAAUCUGAAGGUGACACUCAGUCCAAUUAAAACUGAUCUGAUAGGACCUCAGAUCAGGCUCAGGUAAGUGCGUCCUCCUCUUCACUCCCCCUGGCUCUCGACCUACCCUUUCACACUCUCUCCCCUUUCCUUCAAGCCUCCUACCUCCCUUUCCCCUCCCUUUCCGCCCCUUCCGUUUCCCACCUUGGUUAUGUUUAGUUCAAUGCCUAUGAUUUUUGUCAUAUAUACUAUAUCCAAAUAUCUUUAUCCUGUUUUUGAUUAGUGCAUCGUAAGUAUGCACUGAAGAUGAAGGACUAGGCCUGAUGAAUGAGAAGAAAGUAGAAAACAUUCACACAAAGCCAAGAGGGAAAGGCCAGUGUAGCCCUGAGCAAACAUGCCCAGAGGUACCCCUCGUUUUGUAUCAGUUUUUGAUCCUUAUAGAUGUUUUAUUUCACUUUGUGGAAGAAAUAACAGAAAACAGUUAUCCAGUCAAAUUUUCUCUAGCUGUAUAUACAUGUUUUUACUUUUUAUGAAAUUAUAUUUCUUACUUUAAACAGGAAAACAUAGUAAUUGCUUUUUUUUUCAUCCAGGGAGGAAGUUAAGUAGCUGUGUUUCUACAUGUUAACAUGUAAUCCUGGGAAACUUGCCCAAACGCAUGUGUAAACACAACGUUUUCAUAUUGAAGCUGUAACGUGAAGAUCAAAUGCCAUGGAUUUAUUCUCCAGCUUACUGUGCCUGAUAAUGCCAUGCACUGUGUUUUUCUUUGGGGGGGGGGGGGUUGUAGCUCCUGGGGGGGGUCUUAAUGACACUAACUGGAGGUGUAGGGUUUAUCGGAUGAAUUGCAGCUGACUUCUAUACCUCACACAGCGUUGGUGUUGUGAGCGAGACCACAUGAGAAAAAGGGCAAAUUAAAAAUCUUGGAUACUCUGACUGUCAAACUGUGCAGGUACUCACCCCAGGUACUCCUUUCUCUACCCACAUCCAUUUCUGAAUGCUGUUGCCUGUCUGAAAAACAAGUAGCUACAUCUUUAGAACAUGUAUCCACUGUUAAUUGUCUGCUUUGCUUCUGUAUUUGGCAACAUGUUGGGGGAAGAAGAGUUAUUUGAAUGAAUUCUGAGAUGUAGACAACCUUGAUAUCCUUUUGCCAUUGGCUGAAAUUGUCACUGACAUGUCCACAGUAUUAUUAUUAUGGCUCUAAUUAUGCUACAUGUCAGGCACAUUUCCACUCUGGUGAAAGGAAUAGUUUUUUGGUUUGUCACUAGUUUUAAAAUAUUGCAAAGUUUGUAGAUGUAAAGCAGGUAAAAUAUACCAAAGUUAGAUGAGAAAAACAUGACAUUAAAAUUGUCAAAUGCAUUCAAAACCUGGAACUUUUAAUGCCAAAGUAUAAAAAAAGUUUUUUUUUUUUUUUUGCCUUAUUCUCUGUUAAUAUGACCUACAUUUCCCCCCCCACGAACAAAUUAAUACAUUUGACCAGCAGAUAAACUAUUGCCUGCAUAGCUGGCCAUCUUUGCUAUAAGCCCAUGUUGCUGGGACCUUUGCUAACGUUGGACAUUGUGGCCGUUUUGCUCUGCAGGGGAAGCUGGAAUAUCUUGUUGGAGGAAGAAGCUGAAGAGCACGCCCACCUUUACCCUGAACCUGACUCCACUGCCUAUAAACAAGGUGAACCACAAAUGUGUAGGGGUUAUUUAAUAAAUAACCAAAAAAUGUCUAUAUCUAAAUGAGAGAGGGUUAUUAAUACAUUGUUUUUGUUGUUCUGUUAUUGGCUGGAUAAAUGCAGUUGUGGUUCAUCUGAUAUACAUCUGAUUUACUGGGAUAGAAGGCACCCAGAUAUCACCUGGAAUACUUAGGAAAAGUUCUUAAUGGGCUUUUGUUUUGUUUUGUUAUAAAUUUUUACACAUCCUAUGUUUCCUGGCAUUUAGUGAAAAUAAAAACAGUGCUCGUGGUUUGUAUUUGUCAGGGUCUACAUCUUUUCCUGACCUUCUUUUUUAAAACCUCAAUUAAAAGCGUAUGUACAAUGUAUGAUCCUUGGCAGGGAGUGUUUCUUUUCUCCUCCAAUUAAAGCUCUUGUCCCAUAAAUGUAAAAUAUUCUGAUUUAAUUAUGAUCUGAAGCUUUUCAUUAUUUGAGAUUUGUUUAAUCUUCGCCUUGCUUUCGAUGUAAAUGUCAUAUUGAAUUAAAAAGUGAAAUCUUG